GCGAUGGCGAUGGCGGCAGAAGCUGAGCAGACGCGAGAGAGGGAGGGAGAAAGUUAGGAUCUCCUCCUAGAUCUUCUGCAGAUGAGGGGAAUGGCUGAGCCCCUGCGAUCAAGGAUCGCCGAGGAGUCUUCGGCAUGCGAAGCUGUUUCCAUCAAGAAAAGGUGCAUGCGACGAUGGUCGAUGCUGCCAAGAGUCGAGCGGGUGGAGCUGAUGCAGUCUUGCUUCACUCGAUGGUUGGAGCUACAUUUUGAGAGCAGAACAUAUCAAGAUAGGUUGUUUCCAUCUCAAAAAGGCAGGAAGAUGGACCUCGACGAAAAUUUUCAUUCAAAUUCGCCUGAACAUUCUCACGAUGAUGUGAAGACAGAAAAUCUGAGGCUGAAAGAGAGAAACAAGGAACUAGAGGCAUAUUUGACAGAGAUGAGCGAAAAUCUCUACGUCGUGGAAGAUGAAGUCAAAAUCCUCCGCGACACUUUGAAGAAAUACGUUGGAUUUCUAAAUGCUCUGGAUCAAUCACAGUAUGAUAUUAUCUUGUCAGAAUCGAACUUUGGUGACAGAAGCAUCGAUGCAAAGAAGAAUGAUGAAUCAACCCUUCGAAUGACGUACAUCACGUCAAGACACAUUCAUGGGAUCGAUGUAUCACAAGUAACGAAGAUCGAACAAACCUUAGAAGACUUGCAUGUUGAUCACUCUCAGCUCCAUCCUACUGCUCAGAAAUCUCUGAGCAGGAAAGCUCUUGAGAGCAGGAAACAAACUCUCCAAGGAGUCACGAUGUCACCGAUCCUUCUCUCAAAGGAACGAGCAGACGAGAAUCGUGAACGAGAAGUCUUGGGGUUGAUUGCACAGAUCCAGGAGGAAUUGAGCACAGACAGCUCGAGCAGGGCAUCAGGACACAUGACGGCAACCAGGUCGUCGGCAGGCACGGCUAACAAGUCUUUGAGCAUGGUAGAUCCAGACUCUUUGAGCGAGUUGUCUCAUAGCGACUGCGAUGAUUCCUUCAAGGACCCCAGCCCCGGGCUAUGGUCGCUGAAAGAGAUGGACCUGAUAGCGGAGAAGUGCGAACAGCUGAGAAUCGCUCAAGAAUCGAUAGAGGCUCUGCAAGCAAAGAUUGCUCGCUCUGAACUUGGAAGAGCAGACUUGCAUCGCAGACUCGAGCAUGCGAAGAGUGAACUACAGAUUGAAAGGGAAAGGAAUCGAAGCUUGGAAAGGAUCUUUGGCUGACGCUUUCAAGUUGCCCUCACAGAUUCAGGUCAUUUGAUUAUGUUGUUGUCCGCAAUAGUGAUCAUCGUCGACGAUGGGAGAGAUGGAGGCUGCAGUAGAAGUUGGCAUCAAGGUGAAAGCUAGUGUUGUCACAUCGUGGCGCACAUGAAGUGGAGGAUGUCAUCUUAAAGCGUCAGUCAAUUUAAUCAUUUCGAAUUGAUAAAAUAAAACUACAAGUGAUCCUGG